AUGUCCUCACUGUGUUGGUGCAAACCGGCUGAGGUAUUGACACCAAUGCCACUCACCACUCUACCUGCAUUAUAUCGUACCCUUGGCUCAUCUGAGCAUUCCAUCAAUCAAAAAAGGGGUCGCAGGCUUGACAGCUUUCUAGAAGGCCCGGUGGUUAUUGGCAAUACCCUGUAUUUGACCGACAUUCCCUAUGGGCGCAUUUUCGCAGUGGACAUUGAUUCCAAGGACUGGACUCUCGUCAUUAAAUAUGAUGGGGAGCCAAAUGGCUUGGCAUGGGAUUGCAAUCGGAAGAAGUUAAUUAUUGCCGAUUUUAAAGAAGGAAUAUUAUCUUUGGACCCCGUCACCAAAGAAAUAUUGACCGUCAUGGAUCGAUUUAAUGGGGAACGCCUCAAAGGCCCAAACGACCUGUUGAUAGCUCCGGAUGGCAGCAUCAUCUUUACUGACCAAGGAAUGAGUGGUCUCCAGGACCCAAGCGGAAAAGUUUACCGUCUUCAUCCGGACAAUCGCGUCGACGUCCUCCUUCGCAACUGUCCAUCACCAAACGGCUUAGUUCUUGAUCUUUCAGGCACUAGUCUUUUCGUAGCGAUGACGAGAGACAAUAGCGUUUGGCUGGCCCCUAUAUACCCAGAUGGUAGUGUGCAAAGAACGGGACGCUUCUCCAGCUACUAUGGGGUAGGUGGACCGGAUGGGAUGGCCACAGAUGAGGAAGGAAAUGUUUUUGUUGCGCAUUCAACUUUGGGAACGGUGUUUGUUCAUCAUAAGGAUGGUACCCCUCGAGCUCAGAUCGUCACAAAAGGUACUGGUUGUAGCACAACCAAUUUGACUUGGGGGGGUUCAGGCUUGAGGACUUUGUUUAUAGUUGAGAGUGAGUCUGGAUCUGUGCUGACGUUGGAAUGGCACUGCAGAGGGAAGUUGUGA